AUGAUUCCAAAGGCUCCUCUCGGCCUUUUUGGCCUCUUGUUACUACAGUUUGCGAACGGGGACCAAAAUGCAGAGCGAAUACAACUCGACCCCAAGUAUGCGCAAGACCGAGCGUACAUGGUUUUCAACGAGAUUCAUUCCGCCGGCCGACUAUGGGGCUCAUCUCUGUAUCACAAUGGGUUCGGAUUUUUCCCAGCUACAGUGCCUGCUGGUACGAUGUUUUACCACGGUUCCCGACAAAACGUAACACCAGCAGGGCUGGAGUGGUUAGCCUUUGACCUAGAACAUGCCGAGAACUUUGCGCGCUCUUUUAAAUUCAAGCCGGGGAGGGGGCAUCCUCCAGUACCGAUCCCAGGCAAGGAUAAAUCUGAGCAAGAUGACAAUGUACUCGAAGGAGGCCUUCGUGAGGAGUUACGGCGUCGCAACGAGCGAAUCUCAAAAGAACUCCAUGUUCGAGAUGACGGCGAAGACGGCGAUGUUAACGUUCGUGGCUAUCUGCAUUUAUACCAGACAACACGUGAACUCAACUUUCUCUUACUCGACGGAAUGAGCGCCGGCAAGACGCGCAUGGGCACACUAGACUCUCAGGAUCUUGUACUCCGCGAGAACAAAGGCGACCAUAAAAUGAUGGACGAAAAGAAUCGAGCGGACGAUCUUUGCAAAAUCGCAACUAAAUGGGGUUUGGAUGGAUUUGUGCGGAUGGAAAUUGGCGUCGAAGUCAUCAAAUGUGACUUUAGCAAGGACUUGAACCUGGUCAACAUGAUGCGCACAGAACUGCGUGAUCAUUUGGUGGACAACAAAGACUUGACCGCAUUUCAAUGGGUGAGGGCUGUUGCAGAGAGAUACGAUGAUAUUGGGGCCGACCGAUUGCGGAUCGACUUUUCUUCCAUGGUAUCUGGCCUCUUCUUUCCCAUCAACGUCUCAAACACCGACCCGGAGCGACCGGACCUCAAAAGACUCGGCGCAGCGACAAUAGAGGAGCUUGUGGAUAUCAAAGAAUAUCUGAAGGAAGUCUUGCGUCAGCCUCGCAGGUACACUGUGAAUUGGCAAGGUGUGGUUGAUCUCAUCGUGACCAGGUACAGCAAGAGGAUUGCGCUCAUGGCAUAUGAACAACUACCCUCUCGCCACUUCAUCAGUGAAGUUCGGGGUGCUACUCUGACCUGGUACGAUGCACCGUCGUUGCCCGACGAUGUUUCCUUGACGAAAAGAGGAGAAACAAACAGAACUGCUGAUGCUAUUGAGGAAUGCAGGAUACAUUAUCUCAGGCCGGCUCUGCUAGUCAAGGCGAAAUGGAGCGUGGAAGAUAGGUUGAUAUAUACAUCUCUUGACACAGUUAUCGGGACGAUUUGCAACACGCUAUAUUCUGUUCGUGGUCGUUUAUUGAGUGUGUCAGAAAGAGAUGGUGAAGAUGACGAGGAACUGGAAAAGGCAGUUCAGCAUGGUCGAGCUGUGAUGCAAGAACUGAUGGGCGAGUUGGAAUGGACAACUUGGAAGAAGCCUCAGGCUUGUGCACCGGAUGAAGUGCCUGCGAUUGCCAUGUGGCCGUUUGGAACCAAGGAAGAUCAUUGGCAUCCUGGAUGUCGUUCCAUCGAUGUUAUCCAGAACCCCAAUGGGUCAUAUUGGGACUUGUGGGGACCCGGCAGCUGA